CGCUUCCGGUGGCCGGCCGCCCCCUCCGUCCCUGGCUGGUGGUGAUGGCGGCCGCGGCGUCCCUGUCCUCGGAGGAGCUGCUGCCCAAGGGCGGCUCGGGCAAGGCGGAGGAGCUGGAGGACGAGCUGGAGGAGGAGGAGGAGGAAGAGGAGGACGACGACGAGGAGCUGGACGAGACGCUGGCGGAGCGGCUGUGGGGGCUGACGGAGAUGUUCCCCGAGAGCGUCCGCUCGGCGGCCGGAGCCACCUUCGACCUGUCGCUGACGGUCGCGCAGAAGAUGUACAGAUUCUCCAGGGCAGCUCUGUGGAUUGGGACCACCUCCUUCAUGAUUCUGGUUCUUCCUGUCGUCUUCGAAACCGAAAAACUGCAGAUGGAACAACAGCAGCAGCUGCAGCAGCGACAGAUCCUCCUCGGACCCAACACGGGGCUCUCGGGGGGAAUGCCAGGGGCCCUGCCUCCGCUGUCUGGAAAAAUCUAAUUUGCGGAAGCUGCGUUGGAUUCAGAUCAUGUGGGAAGACCUUGAGAUUAUGAUAUAUUGAACUGUUGAUUUGUUGGGUCAGGGCAUUUUUUUUUUUUUUUCUUUUCUGUUUUUAUUUUUGGUUCUCCUUUGGGACAUUGACCUGUUCAUAAUGAGGGGGAGAAACCCCCCCCUCUCUGGACCUGAUGACGGCUCCUGUCUGCAUCCUCCCCCCGUAGAAGUCAUGAGCCUUUCCUUUCAUUCACUCAGUAUGCCAUAACCGGUUACAGACUUGAACUGGGGGAAGUUCCUCUUCCAGCCCCCUUGCCCCCCACAGAACCACCCCAGGGCACAGGUCAGGCUUCGAAAGGCAUCAGUCAAACAAAACAAAUCCUUUCCUGGCUGACUCGGAGCUGAAGGACACCGCUGACAGGAGGAGGAGGAGUGACUUUCCCAGCAGGCAAAGCAAAGCAAAGGAAGGAGGGGUGCGGGUAGCUGUACCCCACAAAAAACACUCUCCGGGAAGAUGCUUCUGCAAAAAUACUUUCACUGCAACUUCAUGUGUGUGUGAGAAGUGAGGGAGCAGCAGGCCAGGUUCAAGACGAUCACGUCCGCGCUGAUCCUCUGCCUCAUAAAGUAGAACUUCAGAUAUCGGCUGCGUAUUUUUUUGUAUUGAAUAUUAAAUAAAUCCAACCUGAGCAGUGUGGUUUUAAUAGA